GAUGUAUUGGGUGUUCCUAGGAUUGCUCAGCACCGCUAUUGCGGCGCAGAAUUCUUACGAUUUAGAAACUAGAGCUGUUUCGUUUCCCGGAAAGCCAAGUAGCUUAGGACCACUUUAUUCGCCCGGGUUAAGUGCGGCCCAGGGAUUCCGUGAUAACAGUUACGAGGACAAUGCAGUGACACCCACGCCAUCGCCGACGCCAAUCUAUAGGACUUCUAAUCAACAACCGUUAUAUCGCAAGCCAACGUCAUCACCGAUAGAUCGCGAUUACACUCAAGCUAUUCGCGUUGGUCCUCCACCACGUGGCUCCUCUCGGGGCGGGCAGUCCCAGUUAGGUCCCAACGGACCUACUCAGGAGGAACUCGAAGAGGAGAAGGAAGAGCCCGAUCGUCUCAGCCUUCUUCUACCCCAAAGCAGAUUCGACUGCGUUAACAAGCAAACCGGUUACUACGCUGAUGAGGACCUCAACUGCGAGGUCUUCCAUUAUUGUCAAGACAACGCCAAGCACUCGUGGAUCUGUCCUGAGGGCUUCACUUUCCAUCAGGUACAUUUAAUCUGCAUGCCACCCAGCGGUGAUAUCAGCUGCCAGAAGAGCUCACAAUAUCAUUUCGUCAACGAGUAUUUGUAUAAGCCGCUGAAUCUUCAAGAAGCCGAGACCAAGCCCAAUGUAACUUUAAGAUACAGCGAGAGGUAUUACCCCUCGGACAUUUACACAGACGAGAGGGAGGUCGGCGAUUAUCAGAUCACUCCUACGCCCGCUCCGGUGCGUCGUCCUGCUCCACAGGUCCUUGUGAGUCCACAGCCAAGUUUGAAUAGCAUCCCUACGGCGGCUCGUCCUCAGCCCACAGGACUCCCGCAGUUUCGUUUCCCGGUGAAUCAGGUAUUUCGCAGCCCCGAAGAAGUCAACAUCCCCCUUCAGCACAGACGGCCGCAGCAGCAGCACCAAGUUCUCAGACGGUUUCCUCAAGUUCAAGUCCGACCUGAUGAAGACGACUACGAAUAGAUCCUUAGAUUCACGAAUUCUUCAGUUUACUCAAAUCAUUUCGUCCCUCUGAUUGUCUGUAAAUCCCGCAAAUCAAUGAUUUUUUUUUUAAAUAGGCAUCCUUCGAUUUACGCCUUCGGUACUUGCUUUGCGAAAUCAACUGAAAAUCGCAAUAUUUAACAUACCUGAAUAUUUUCGUUAAAUAAUUAGUGAAUUUUUGUACUGUUACAUUUUUAUAUAUAAGAAUUAUAAAUAAAAAAAGUAAAAAAAAAACUGCAAAGUUUAUAACGCAUACAAGACGUUAUUGAGAUUCGCUUGCGUAUAGCGAGAAACUUGUUUUCAUUAUAAGUUUUUUAUGUUGUAAAUUUUCAUUCUGUAAAAUUUGUCCAGUAAUGUGGGUAUCAAGAAGAAUUAGUGUUAAGAGACAAGAAUAAAUCUUGUUAAAUUAA